CCUCAGCAGCGGGAAGAUGGCGGCGCCCUGCAAUUCGGAGCUUCCGUCCGAGGCUUCGUCGUGCGUGCAGAUCGCCAAGAACGAGGUAUUCCCGGCGCCCGCGUCUCCGGUGCUGAGCGAUGGUAACCUAUCAGCCCCGUCCACCCCGAGCCGCUCCUCCCCGUUGGCCGCAGGCCCCGCUGCCCCCUCAGUGUCGUUCAGCACGGCCUGCCGGGGUAUGAGCUGGACCCCGGCCGAGACCAACGCGCUCAUCGCCGUCUGGGGCAACGAACGGCUGGUGGAGGCCCGGUACCAGCAGCUGGAGGGCGCCGGCACCAUCUUCGGCACCAAGGCCCCCGGGCCGGCCAUGUACGAUAGGGUAUCCCGGGCCCUGGCCGAGCUGGGCUACGAGAGGACGCCGAGCCAGUGUCGGGAGCGGAUGAAGACCCUUCGAAGAUGUUACAGUCGUGUGAAGGAACGCGGUGUUGGUAAAAGGAAAAGCAGCUACACGUUUGAGCAGCUGGAGAGGGUUUUUGGCCAGGGUGGUUGGGACACGCAGCCCUUCCAGCCUGUCCUGAUUAACAGCAGCGGAUUGUACCAGGAGAUGGAGUCUGACGGCAGCACCAUGGAGGAAUAUUCCCAGGACGACUGGGGCAACCACAGCCAGGACAUGCAGGGCUUUCCCGGGGAUGAUCUGGUCCCUUGGAUCCAGAAGCCCUCACUGCCGUGUCCCCCUAAUGACGAGGAUAUCAGUAUUCCAAAGAGGCCAGCGAAGAACAGGGAGCCACCAGAGGACAUGCAGAGGAGGGAUAUUUUCCAAACCAUCAUGCACAUUCUGGAGUCCGUCCAACUGAAGUGGGAGCUGUUUCAGAGCUGGACAGAUUUUUCCAGAUUGCAUCUCUCUAACAAACUGGCCAUAUUCGCCAUCGGUUACAACACCCGAUGGAAAGAGGAUAUCCGUUACCAUUACGCCGAAAUAAGUUCCCAAGUACCUCUUGGGAAGCGUCUUCGAGAAUACUUCAACCCAGAGAAGCCGGAAGGGAGGGUCGUGAUGACCCGGGUGCAGAAAAUGAACUGGAAAAAUGUCUAUUACAAGUUUCUGGAAAUUACAAUUAGUGAAGCCAGGUGUCUCGAGCUACACAUGGAGACGGACUGGAUUCCUAUAGCUCAUUCCAAGCCGAUAGGGGGCGAUAUAGUCCAGUACCUAUUACCUGGUGGCAUUCCAAAAACUCCUGGCCUUUAUGCCAUUGGGUACGAAGACAUGCCUAAGAAAGCAGUAGAGGAUAAUGCAAUCGUCGACCUGGUUAAUGAUGGGAAUUGUGAAAGUCCUCCGGAGCUCGCCUCGAAAUCCAACGCUAUAACUAGUAAAAUUAACUAUUGUUACCUUGGCAUCGCCGAGAGCAUCAGCCUCCAGCAGUGCCUGUUCUUUCAUUUUCAGUCCACCGUCAAGAACCAAAGCAAAGAGUGGGCAAGCAUCAAUGGAUUUUUAGCGCAAAACUGCAAAGUGGAACCUGGAGUCUCUCCAAAAACAAUCUACAUCAAAUUUGUUGAAGUCGAAAGAGAUUUUCUUUCUGCCGGAUCUUUAGUGGAGUGCCUGGAAAAAGCCAUUGGGUACCCUCUGAAGUUCAACAAAUGAAUUUCCUUGUCCUUUAUAAGGACUUGGGCUCUACCCAUAAAUCUCCCCAUUCUGCCAGGGUUUGCUCUCGAACAUCGUUUUAUUUUAUUUUUUUUUACAUUCGUCCAAAACGUAAACUUUCACAGUUGAAAACAUUUUGUCCUGAGCAAAUGGGAUGCUGUGCGUGGGGUCAGAUAGUGUUUUUAUAAAGAACAUUUUAUUGUAGAGCCCUGAUAUGAUUUGUUGUAAGUACAUUCCACAUUGGACAUAGCUUAUACUUUAAUUUUCAAAGGAAAUACUGUAUGUUUUUUUCUCCGUGUUUCAUUUUUACAUAUCUGUGUGUGUUUUAACCUCGAACCAGUGAUGAGUGACGACGUUGGCCUCGGGAUUCAUGAAAUGACCGCCUCGUCGCAGCCCAACUAGUUAAUAUUGUAUAUAAUUUAGAUAAUUACUUUUUUACCCAUUAAGUGUUUUUACUAUUUCCAACCAGUGUUGCCUGCGAAGACUUUUGUUUCCGUGAUGUACUGUAUUCACUUGUAGUUGUGUCGUCCUCCCCUUUUUUAACUCAUUAAAGUAUUGACUCAUUUGUGUUCUGUCGGAACUUUUAAGGCGUUGCGGAGGAUCCGAGGCUCGGCUAGAGGUCGCAUCUUCACUGCAAGUCCUGGAACCCGGUCGGAUUGUGCAAACGAAACCUGUCCUUUUUUAUAUCCUUCAUAUAUUUUAACAAAAAAGAAAAAGCCAAAUCAUUUUGAGCUGCUUGAACAUGUUUUAUAAACUUGAAUCUGCCAAGAGCUAUCGAGCGGUUUUAAUGAACUAUAAAGCCGUAACGGUUCUGGGUCGUGUUCUCCGUGUGAUUGCUGAUCAGUUCCAUCGUGGUCUUGCUGCAUGGCGCCUCGCAAGUGUUAGCUGAAGGUUCUCAGUGCCUUUUCUUGAAGUCCAUUUGCUGUCCCUGGGCCAAUUUGCAGUCAUUUCAGAAACUGAAUAGCAGAAGAAUUUUUCUUUUAAUGUGGCUUUUCGGCAUAUUAACCUCUUAUGUAGGAGAAUAAACGCCCUCCAUCUCUGACCCUUUCAGGACGACUUUAAAAGAAAAUGUGUAAAUAGUGCACAUCGCCCAUAUAUGUUUGUUCUAUUUUAUUCUAUGUGUAUUAUGUUAUUUUUAUUGCAUAGUUUGUACGCAGUUAUUGUUCUAAACACAUUUUUUAUUCUUUUUAAUGGUAAAACAAUGUAAUUUGAUAUUUUUUAUUGUAAAUUUACAAACUUGGCCUGUUUUAAGUAUUCCAGUGGUUGCUUUAUCAUAUUUAAGUCCUUUCCCCAUCUUCUAUGCUCCUUUGUUCGUUCUGAGCUGGCGAGGCGGAAGAAACAGUGUUAAAUCGGAGUUUUCAUUCUUGGUUCGCGGCCGGAGAAUGGGGCUUCGAGUCUAAGCAUCGCCCACUUCAUGGGUUUCCAUGUUCACUGUAAGAGCUAAUGUAUAAAGUGGCAUUCAAAAUAAAAGACGAUUUAAUGUA